GUCUAAUGCUUCACCCCCAGCUUAGUACCCAGCAUAGUACCCAGCUUUAAGCUUCUACUAACAGUAAACGCCGAUUGAAAUGGAAUUUAAGAUGGAAUUGAACUGAAGUUCACCGUUCCCUCCACUUAAAAUUAUUAAACGAACAUCACCAGCUCUUACUAAUCGUCCCGUGUUCAUUUUUUUUUACCUUUCUCAUUCCAGCAUUCCAUGCAUCUUUUGGAUUACACUGCUACCUAGAUUUUUGGCAGCAUUACCUCCAGAGCUAUACAUAGGUAAACUUCCGUCAACACUACACCUUAUUGCGCAAUUGGAGUUCCCCCUACCUAUACUAUGAUCUUUAUCGUCCAAUCUUCAACUUAAAAGGUACCUACUCAAGGCGGUCAUGCGAUUCGACGACCAUACCUCCCAACAGGUCCUCCAAUCGACCGGGUCCUUCACGGGCUAUAGGCCGCUUCAAGAGCUUGGAAAGAAUUAUCUUAGUGCUACUAAAGAUUUCAAACAGCCCCUAUGUGGUAACGAAGAAGGUUGGGGGCCUUUGAGUCCCUUUCGUUACGACUUCACCCCGUGCUUCAUCGAUGUAUGGGUAUUUGUUGUGGCUGUAUUUGGUAUCCUUGGCGGAGCUCUGGCGGUAUGGUACGUUCUACGAAAACGUAAACCUACUGAGCUUUCCAAGGAUUGGCAUUUCUGGAUAAAACAGUCCUUGCUUGUUCUCGUCUUUGCCGAUGUAGCCGCGCAACUCGCUAUCCAGAUCAUCAACUUCCCAGGAAUAUGGCACGGCGAUUUCCGAGUCAUCACGACCUUCUUUACUCUCAUAUCCCUUGGUGUUAUCUUUACGGUUCAAUGGCUAGAAUAUGACCGCAUGAGAAAUGCCAAUGGUGUCGUGCUAUUCUAUUGGCUGCUUCUCUUGCUCGCGUAUGCUGUGAAGCUGAGGUCCUUGGUGUCCCAGCAGAUUUACCAUAGCAACCUUCCAUACUUCAUUGCUUAUACUGUUGGGUUUGGUCUUUCCGCAAUCGAGUUCGGCAUUGAAUGGCUUUUGCCCAAGAAAACAAGCAGUUAUGAAGCAUUGGUGGACGAGGAAGGGGAGGAAUGUCCGGUAGAAUACGCGACCAUUUUCUCUCGGCUUGCCUUUUCCUGGAUGACCCCUCUCAUGAAACAGGGUUACAAGCAAUAUCUCACCGAGGACGACCUCUGGGGCCUGACUCCUAGUGACAAGACCUCUGCAACCGGUGAUAGGUUUGAAAAGGCAUGGAAACAUCAACUGAACCGAGGAAAGCGUCCUUCUAUAUGGCUAGCCUUGUUCCACGCUUAUGGCGGGCCUUAUAUGGGUGCUACGUUUUUCAAGGUCAUUAAUGACCUUGCCGCAUUCUCACAGCCUCAGCUUCUACGUUACCUGAUUAGCUUUGUGGAUUCCUAUAGUGAAGGAAAGGUGCCUCAGCCACCUGUUAAGGGUGCUGCCAUUGCAAUUGCCAUGUUUUUCGUCGCAGGUCUGCAAACUACCAUGAUUCACCAAUAUUUCCAGCUUGCCUUCGUCACUGGCAUGCGCAUCAAGUCGGGUCUAGCGUCUGCUAUCUAUAAGAAAUCACUAAAGCUUUCGAACGAAGGGAGAGCUACAAAGACCACUGGUGAUAUCGUCAACUACAUGGCCGUCGAUGCGCAACGCCUUCAAGAUCUCACCCAGUUUGCGCAACAACUUUGGUCCGCCCCGUUCCAGAUUACUAUCUGCAUGAUCUCACUAUACCAGCUUGUCGGAUGGUCUAUGCUCUCCGGAAUCGCUGUAAUGAUUGUCAUGAUUCCUAUUAACGGCUUCAUUGCUAGGUUCAUGAAGCGUCUACAAAAGGAUCAGAUGAAAAAUAAAGACGCAAGGAGUCGUCUGAUUGCUGAGAUUAUAAACAACAUGAAGAGCAUCAAACUCUACGCUUGGAGCACAGCGUUUAUGAAUAAGCUAAACUAUGUCAGGAAUGAUCUCGAGCUCAAGAAUCUUCGCAAGAUUGGUGCUGGCCAAGCGUUCGCUAAUUUCACCUGGAGUACUACUCCAUUUUUAGUAUCAUGCUCAACUUUCGCCAUCUUCGUCUGGACCAAGGAUAUCCCGUUGACAACUGACAUUGUGUUCCCUGCUCUUGCUUUGUUCAAUCUACUCACAUUCCCGCUUGCUGUGUUGCCUAUGGUAAUUACCUCUAUUAUCGAAGCUUCUGUUGCUGCUGGUCGUUUGUCAGACUAUCUCACAGCCGAAGAGGUCCAACCUGAUGCAAUCAACAUCGGCCCAGCCGUAGAAGAACGAGGCGAGGAUGCUGUCGUUAUUCGUAACGCGACUUUCUCCUGGAAUCGCCACGAGCCCAAGACUGUCCUCAAUGGCAUCAACCUCACUAGUCGAAAGGGAGAGCUUACAUGUAUAGUUGGUAGGGUAGGGGCUGGAAAGUCAUCUCUCUUACAGUGUAUCCUCGGCGACUUGUGGAAGGUAGAUGGUGAUGUAUAUGUCCAAGGCACAGUGGCAUAUGUCGCCCAACAGGCAUGGAUUAUGAAUGCAACAGUUAAGGAAAACAUCAUUUUUGGACACCGAUACGAUUCAAAUUUCUACGAUAAAACGGUCAGGGCAUGUGCACUUCUUGCUGAUUUCACACAGCUACCCGAUGGAGAUGAAACCGUUGUUGGUGAGAGAGGAAUAUCCCUAAGUGGCGGACAGAAAGCUCGCGUUGCUCUUGCGCGGGCAGUUUAUGCGCGCUCUGAUAUCUACCUACUUGACGACUGUCUAUCUGCAGUAGAUUCCCACGUCGGCAGACACAUUAUCGAGAAUGUAUUGGGCCCGAAGGGUCUCCUCAAUUCUAAGUGCCGUAUCUUGGCUACUAACGCCAUCUCGGUUCUCCCUGAAGCUGACUAUAUCUAUCAACUCAAAGAUGGCGAAUUUGCGGAGAGUGGGACGUUCCGUCAGCUAAUAGCCAUGAAAGGAGGCAUCGCAGAUCUUGUUAAGUCCUUGGGCCAAGAUUCUGCAUCAGCAUCCGCAGAGGCUAGCCCCGAGGGUUCAGGAAGUGAGACGUCUACGUAUAUCGAACCGGAUAAUAAUCAAGACAAGGAAGAAAUCGAAGAGGCUCAGGAAGGCCUUGCUGAAUUAGCACCCAUUAAGACUGGGCCUUCUUCAAGUUCGGCUAUACAGAAACGGGCAGGGAGUAUGUCAACUCUUAGACGAGCAAGUGCAGCCAGUUUCAAAGGUCCAAGAGGCAAACUCCAAGACGAGGAGGGGCCUAGUUCUAAGACUAAACAGACUAAGGAACACUCAGAGCAAGGAAAAGUCAAGUGGGAUGUUUACAUCGAGUACGCCAAAACUAGUAACUUAGUAGCUGUCUCCAUAUACCUCGUCGCUUUACUCGCCGCGCAAACGGCACAGAUUGCCGGUAGCGUUUGGUUGAAGAAUUGGGCAGAGGCGAACGGAAAUGCUGGAGCUAAUCCUCAAGUUGCGAAAUACCUUGGUAUCUACUUUGCUUUCGGUGUCGGCUCAUCUGCCUUGACUGUUGUUCAAACACUCAUUCUAUGGAUAUUUUGCUCCAUCGAGGCCUCGCGAAAGCUGCAUGAGAGAAUGGCGACGGCAAUCUUUAGGUCGCCAAUGUCGUUUUUUGACACUACUCCAGCUGGAAGAAUCCUGAAUCGUUUCUCAAGUGACAUAUAUCGACUAGAUGAGGUUCUAGCCCGGACUUUCAACAUGCUUUUCGUAAAUCUGGCCCGCUCCGGGUUUACGCUAAUCGUCAUCUCUGUCAGCACUCCUAUUUUCGUCGCAUUGAUUCUACCGCUGAGUGCAGUGUACUACUGGGUGCAGCGAUACUACCUCAGGACAUCACGAGAACUGAAACGAUUGGACAGUGUCAGCCGAAGUCCCAUAUAUGCACACUUCCAAGAAUCUCUAGGCGGUAUCAGCACCAUCCGAGCAUACCGACAGCAAGACAGAUUUGAACUAGAGAACGAAUGGCGGGUGGAUUCAAACCUACGGGCUUACUUCCCAUCCAUCAGCUCAAACAGAUGGUUGGCCGUUCGUCUAGAGUUCCUCGGUGCCGUCAUUAUCCUUGCGGCUGCUGGAUUCGCUAUCAUUUCCGUCACGAACCACAGUGGGCUGAGUGCUGGAAUGGUAGGCUUGGCCAUGUCGUACGCUUUGCAGAUCACGACUUCGCUCAACUGGAUCGUUCGCCAGACAGUAGAAGUGGAAACAAACAUCGUGUCUGUGGAACGAGUCCUCGAAUAUGCACGCUUACCGAGUGAAGCUCCUGAGAUUAUACCCGGACACAGGCCUCCAGUUGCCUGGCCCGCAAAUGGAGCGGUUCAGUUCCACAACUUCAGCACCCGCUAUCGCCAAGGCUUGGAUUUGGUGCUCAAGAAUAUCAACUUGGAUAUCAAGUCUCAUGAGAAAAUCGGUGUGGUGGGACGGACUGGAGCGGGCAAGUCCUCGUUGACGUUGUCCCUCUUCCGCCUAAUCGAGCCAGAUACCGGAAACAUAAGUAUAGAUAACCUGAACACAUCGACGAUUGGUUUGUUGGAUUUGCGGCGACGCCUUGCGAUCAUCCCUCAAGAUGCCGCGCUCUUCGAGGGUACAGUUCGUGAUAAUUUGGACCCAGGCCAUGUUCAUGAUGAUACAGAGCUUUGGAGCGUACUAGAUCAUGCACGUUUGAAAGAACAUGUGGCAGGUAUGGAGGGCGGACUAGAGGCUAAGAUCAACGAAGGAGGAUCCAAUUUAUCUGCUGGACAACGACAACUAAUAUCCCUAGCCCGUGCAAUGCUCACACCGUCCAACAUCCUCGUGUUGGAUGAGGCAACAGCAGCCGUUGACGUCGAAACCGAUGCAAUGCUACAGAGUACACUGCGGUCCGAAAUCUUCGCUCACCGCACCAUCAUCACAGUUGCUCACCGUAUUAACACCAUCCUUGACAGCGACAGGAUAGUCGUUCUCGACAAGGGUGAAGUGGUUGAGUUUGAUACACCCAAGGCGCUUCUCCAAAAGAAGGGGGUUUUCUAUGGUUUAGUUAAGCAAGCCGGUUUAGACACAGAGUAGUUGUUUUAGUCCUGGGAUGGAAUGAAGCCGUUUGCAGUCUUUCCGGUUUAUCGCAUGUCCUGAGCGAGCAUGGAGUUUUGAGAAAAAAAAAAAAGAAAAAAGUCAUUGAAGUAGGUACUUAUUAGCCAUAUAACAAAUUGAAACCUCUACGCAUCGUUUGCAGAAGCGAAUAUGAAAAUAUCUACGUAGAUACCUUGAUUUGUUUCACCUCAUGUGUAUUUACCUACUUUACAUUUAGCAAUCACCAAUCUUUACGUAUGUUGGUUCUUCCUACUGUCUAGCCUAGGUAGUCUAAUUCAAGGGUCUUCGUUACCUAGGCAUAGACUGAAAGUAGCCGUUGACGCCAUUCCUCAACGUCGAGUCUAUGAUGAUUGAUUGAUAGAUCUCCC